UUUUCCUUCUGGUAGAGCCUACAUCUUUCGCCCCCAUUAUCGAAAAAGCCAUGGCCAUGGUUGAGAAAAGUGGUGGUCAAUACCAUGUUUUAUUGAUAAUCACUGAUGGUCAGGUACCAAGUGGACACCCACAGAAGAAAAUGACACUGAACACAAUUGCUCGAGCUAGUACAUACCCCUUGUUUGUUAUCUUAAUUGGAGUUGGAGAUGGGCCUUGGAACAUGAUGAAGGAAUUUGCUAAAAAGAAGAUCCCGGAUCGAGUCGUUGAUAACAUUCAGUUUGUGAAUUUCACAGAAAUUAUGUCCAGCAACAAUCACAACAAAGAGAUAGAGUUUGCUCAGGCAGCCUUGAUAGGAAUACGUGGUCAUUAUGAAGAAGCAGUUAGGCUUGAUUUAUUGGGCAGUCACCAAAAAUUGCAAGCUCAAAUUAGGGCCCCUCUUCGCCCACCUCUUCCUGUUCCAGAUAGCAUAAGAAAUUCUAUUAAUCUCUUGCUUUGUCCUAUCUGCCUUACUAAUUCAAAAGACCUGGCCUUUGGUUGUGGGCAUCAGACAUGUUCUCAGUGUGGACAAGGACUUCUUCUAUCAUGCCCCAUCUGUAGGAGUCGAAUUGAUACUAGAAUAAAGCUUUAUUACCACAUGUGCUGAUGCUAUCUGAUGGACUUUGCCCUUUUUUAAUUGUUUUCUUGGUGUACGUGAGAGAGUGGUUUAAAUGUGUGAAAAAAUGGCUGUAAUGAUUCAUACUCAACCAAAGCAAAAGAAAAGGAUAAAUUACAGUGGGAUGUUUCUUGUCAAAGGAAUACUGAUUACUUUCUGAAAAUUUCUAUUUUCCUA